AUGAGGCCGAGCUUCAUCCCACACUUGCAUUCAUCUUCCCACAUUGAUGGCUGCGAUUCUCUUCCAUCGGGGAAGUCGGCACCAAAGGCACAGUCAUCGCCGCUGCCCCUCCCCUCGCCCACCCCCGGUCCCCACCCCCACCCCCACCCCACACACACCCCUACAAUUAUGCCAACCCCGGAAUCGGCCACUGUUGCCCAAGCUACUGGCCCACCCGCUGUCUUGCGGUGCUUGCUGCUGCUGCCGGGAUGUCCCAAGGAUGCAGUCAGCGGCUGUGGAUGGGCCACUCGUCCGCUCCUGAACAAGCUUGGCGAUGCACGACAGCGCCCCGAGCGAAUGGUCCGCUGCUUGUGCAGGCAAGAGCACCCUGAAUGCAUGUGCCUGCGUGUGUGUUACCCAGGCUGUGCAGCAGUUUUUGUUGUUGAAAAGGACUGGGUGGGGCCGCAACGGACUGUGGACCUGACAAGGCAAGGGGUUGGAUGA